GUGGGGUUUACCCGGGUGGAAUUUGCCUGAGUGGAGUCUACCCGGGUUAGGUUCACACGGGGGAGGCGGUGCACACGGGGGAAAUGUUAUCAAAAACUUCCUGGAAAGUUUACACAAAGGCGUACACGGGCUAGGCUUACCGGGGCUCGGUGCACAUGGAGGUGUACACGGGGGAGGUGCACAUGGAGGUUUACCAUGGUUAAGUUUACCCGGGUUCGGUGCACACGGGGGAGGCGUGUAUGGGGAAGCCGCACACGGAGGAAACAUAAUAUCAAGCCUCCUGGAUCGUAUAAAGAAAGGAGUACACGGGUUAGGCGUACACGGUGGUGGUGCACACGGAGGCGGCAUACACGGGGGCGGGUUGCCUUGGUUUGAUCUACCCGGAGGAAACGUUCUGGAAAGUCUCCUGGGCAGCCUACACCAGGGCGUGCACGGGGCGGGCUCCCUGGCGCACGGUGGUCACACGGGCACACACGGCGGCGGCUACCUGGGGGACGCACCGGGGGACUACACGGGUACACACGACACUGUGAAUGACGACCCGGGUGCCACAGGUACACACGACACUGUGAAUGACGACCCGGGUGCCACAGGUACACACAACACUGUGAAUGACGACACGGGUGCCACAGGUACACACGACACUGUGAAUGACGACACGGGUGCCACAGGUACACACGACGAUUCCAAAGGUACACACGACACUGUAAAUGACGACAUGGGUGCCACAGGUACACACGACACUGUAAAUGACGACAUGGGUGCCACAGGUACACACGACGAUUCUAAAGGUACACACGACACUGUGAAUGACGACACGGGUGCCACAGGUACACACGACACUGUGAAUGACGACACGGGUGCCACAGGUACACACGACACUGUGAAUGACGACACAGGUGCCACAGGUACACACGACGAUUCCAAAGGUACACACGACACUGUGAAUGACGACACGGGUGCCACAGGUACACACGACACUGUGAAUGACGACACGGGUGCCACAGGUACACACGACGAUUCCAAAGGUACACACGACACUGUGAAUGACGACACGGGUGCCACAGGUACACACGACGAUUCCAAAGGUACACACGACACUGUGAAUGACGACACGGGUGCCACAGGUACACACGACGAUUCCAAAGGUACACACGACACUGUGAAUGACGACACGGGUGCCACAGGUACACACGACACUGUGAAUGACGACACGGGCACCACAGGUACACACGACACAGGUGUACACAAUGAUCUCAAAGAUACACACGACACUGUUAUGCACGACACGGGUAGCACAGGUACACAAGACACAGGUACACAGACAGAGGUGCAUGGCGAUACAGAGGUGCAUGAGAUUACCUCCACUGGUUCACACGGCGAAGAAACACACAUGAACACGCACACAGGUACACACGAAGGAAACAUACACAGCGGGUUCACAGGUACACACAGCACGCACACAGGUACACACAUAAGCAUGCACAGCACAGGUACACACAGAAUUGGUGCACACAGAAGUAUGAACACAGGUGCACAUGAAGGGAACACAUACAGCACGCACACAGGUACACACGCCGCUACAGGGCCACACGCUUCCACAGGUGCUACACAGGGUUGGUGGGACCUGAUCGACCCAAGGAAAGAAGGUGAAGAGAGAAGAACGGAGGAGGAAGAUUACCACGACCACCACUUUCGCUCAGGCCUCGGACCACAAGAAGAAGAAGAGGAAGCCGUGAAGUAUGAUGGGCCAGGAUUGUUGGUGGAUGUGGUGGAGGUAGGUGGAGGAGAGGUGGAGGUAGGAGGAGGAGAGGUGGAGGAGGGAGGAAGGUUCAGGGGCAGCAUCAUUCUGACCUCCCUUGAAGACUCGUCCUCCACGUCCUCCAAUGAAAGUAAAUAAAAGGAAACAAACUGGCCAAUGGGAAGCUUGUAUUGAUGACGUCAUGAACUCUUUUAGCCAAUCACAAGCGAAGAUCGGCCAAUAGGAGCGCAGAUUGUGACGUCAUGAAUAUCUCUAGCCAAUCAGAAGCCUUAAUUGAUGUUAUAGAAGAAUUUUGGCCAAUAGGAGAGCAGAUUGUGACGUCAUGAAUCUGUCUAGCCAAUCAGAAGCUUCUAUUGAUGUUAUAGGAGAGGAUUAGCCAAUAGAAACGAAACUUGUGACGUCAUGAAUAGUUUUAACCAAUCAGAAAGAGUUAUUUAAGUGCUUCUUUAUUUAAGUUAUUGCUGUUAUUGUUAUUAUUGUUAUUGUUAAUUUUAUUGUUAUUGUUGUUGUCAUCGUUGUUGAAUUUUGUUAAGUAAAUGUUUAAUCGAUC